CUCUUCCUUCACUUUACGGAUCAAACAAAUAAAUAAAAGUUAUGGAGUCCGUCAGUAAUCGGCUUCAAGCCGGAUUCUCUUGGCUUACGAAUGGCUUAUCGAAUACAACUUUAUUCGAUACUUUAGCCAUACCGUUUACAGAUUCCUCCUUCUCAUCAUCGGCAAUCCGCCCAUCGCAUUCUUCUAUUGCAAGUGCAGGAUCUGAAAGAAUCAUUUAUGUUGAUCAUACAGGACAUCAAAUGAGCGAAGCAGAAGUAGAAGCUCUGGACCGUGCAGCUUUCAGUGACUCCCCUUGGGGCUUUGUCGCUUCUCGGUAUGCUUUGACAUUGGGCGUAAUGGCAGUGGUGGUGAACAGGAUUACCCACAUCUGUCGCCCUCAAGGUAGGCCUAGACCACUGUCUAGUGUGCGAAGACUUGCCAUCCAACUGCCAACACUCUCUUUUCUAAUAUGGUCAGGGUUUAUGUUACUUUUGGUGACUAUACAUUCUUUCUCAAAAAGCAAUAGCAUUCCAAACAAGAUAUUUGGAGCAUCAUGGCUACCUUCUGACGUUCACACCUUGAUCAGUCCAAGCGCAAGCGAAGCAGAUGUGCACACAGCAAAUUCAACACUACUUUGGAGGCUGUUUCUGAGUGUGUGUCUAGCGGUCGUUUCAUCAACUUUACUACGAACACUGGAGGGCCACAAUACAAUCGUAAAUCCUGACGAUCUGGGAAAUUCUCCUACAUUCAAUCUCGUCGGGUUCGCAGUUUUGCUUCAUCUUCAUGCUUCCAGCUACAGUUUCCCUCCCAACAAACACGUCUAUCUCAGCAUCCUCAUUCAAGUAGGAGAAGUGCUAGGAUUACAAGCAUGCACAUGCUGGACAACACCUCCAAUCUCACGACUGACAUUGACAAGCAUAUUUGGGCUAACGUCUACAUUGCACUACCUUCAUGCUAUACGUUCGGGAGAUCGAGGAUAUCCAUUCCUUCAAAGCUUCAGUCGUGCGCCUGAUCUUGGCCUUAUUGCGAUCAUUCUUCUUACACUCACCCUGCACACUUUCACAGCACUGAUCACCAGCACACCUUUAUCCUUCUCAAGGCUUGUCGACCCUCGCUCAUUGCCUUUGCCUACGGACGAUUACAGUUUGGCACUGUUCAAAUUGGGAACUGCCUGCUUAAGUUCUACCAAAUUAAGCGGGCUAGAUUCUGAUUUAAUCGAUGUCAACACUUCCAAAGAAUCCUGGAUCGAGGUUGACGAGGGACAAGUACGGGUACGCUCACCGAACGGCAAACUUAUCAAGCCAAAUGAACAGGGUCGAAUUGGGUUCAACAAUGAGAUUAGACGAAUCAAAUCAUCCAAACUUCCUGGAAAUGGCCGUCACCCAUUCCGAUCUGCAGCUUGGCAGGGACGAUUCAAGUUUUUCCUCACAUUGAUGCGCACCGUUCGUGGACUGACUUAUUGGUUUGGGGGGAAGAUUGCGGAGGUUUUACCGUUUGAUCUGCCUCGAGUAAGUACGCCGCAAUGGGCGUACAAGGUUUUUAGAUUUAUUAGGGUCUUAUGGCAUGGUACGAACGGUGAAGAGCGUAGAAGGUUGCGUAUCGAAGAGAGGAGAAGGACUGCAGAAAGAGCAGCAAGGAUCAAUGCCGACCAAGCCUUACGGGACAGAAUGGAAGGCGCAGGUCGAGCGAUCGGCAUUUCCACUUCUACAAACACACAUCCGUCCACACCUAGUCAUUUGCGACAACGUACUCGAGCUUUAUCCCCUGACCUCGCCAAUAUUUCACCCAAUUCGUGGCAUCAUUACUUUGCGCAAGAUUUCGAUGAAGAAAGCGAUGCAGAAGAUGAAGAGUGGAAAGAAGAGAUGGAGACAGAAGAGAUAACAACAUACAGUCGUCAAGUAUCUCCUUCACCCAUACCCACAGAUGCAAAUUAUUGGCAGCGUUUGGGUUCUGGGUCACGACUCAAUGCCGAUGAUGAGGAAAUGGAAGACAUUGAAGAAGAUGAGGAUGGGUGGGAAGAUGAUGCGAACCCUGCCGAUAUGUCAGCCGAACUGUUAAUGUUGGCACGACGUGAAUUCAGCAAUGAUGAAGCUGUUGAUGAAACGGAAGAACAUAAUGAAUCAUAUGCCCGCAUCUUGAUGGCGCACAUGUCCACUCCCAACUCUAAAGUCCUCACUAGACGUGGUUAUCGUGAUCUGGUUGGCGGAUUUGAAGGACAAGAAGAUCAAGAGGAUGUACGUUUAUUGGCUGAUGUUAUUCGACAACGUAGGACUGGUAUUCCUGCAGCCGGAUCGACAACAUCCAGUUCAGAAAGAGAACGAAUGCGAUUAUGCGUAAUUUGUUAUGCAGAAGAUCGAACGAUUAUCUGUUGGCCAUGCAAAUGUUUAGCUCUGUGCGAUGGAUGUAGAGAAGCAAUGGCUGCUAGACCACCUCCGCGUAAUCAUCAUCGACAACAUACGGGUGCAGGAGGUGGUGGCCUGUUGGGCAAUGAAGGAUAUAGAAUGGAAUCUGGACCUGCAACGGCUACACACACAUGUCCAACUUGUCGUACUCCAGUAAUUGGUUUCUCGCGCAUCUUUUUGCCGUGAAAAUUGAAGCACUCUUGUCUGAUGUUCACUCAUAUUGUUCUUUUAUCAUCUUUUUAUUUGCAUAUUCACGCUAAUCUAUUCAUUUUGACAGUUUAUCAUUUUAUGGGUUGAGGGUAUUUUAUGCCAAGAAGGAGACAAGGUUUAUUUGUUGACCAUUUAAGCUAUUAAUGCAGGUACAUACAUUAAUCUGCAAUGAUUGACCAUAUCAUAUCUUCCGUUCCUUACACUCAUUUGAGAAUCAUACUGCUAAGAGUAUGCGUAUAGAUUGUCAUUGUGGAUGCUAUAUAGUUCAUUGGUUUUGGCCAUUCAACACCUUGCCCUUUGCCUUACUCAAUAGACGCUCGUGUGUAAAUUAAAGUUUUU